CAGCACUGCUUCUUUUGUCCCGCCUUUCCUGGCAGUGAGAGAUGAUGAGAGUGAAGGGCAGGAGAUAAAGAGAGACUGCAGGGACGCUCAGAACUGACACAAAAUAUCUAGCUGUCCAUUCUUCUCCAGGACUAGCUGUGAGGAUGGAGAACGCUGCACUGCUGCUGUUUUGUUGCCUGGUCAUGUCUUUAUCAGGCUCCCCGCUCUACCCUUCCAUUAGGUUCGGCCAGAGGGAUACAUCCAUCCUAAUGACAUCUUCCCUAAAGAAUCCAGCAGAGCAGCUGGAGGAAGACAUGAGUCCUCCCAGGGAGCAAGCAGAGUCACGCUCAGGACGCCACGCUGACGCCAUCUUUACCAACAGUUACAGGAAGGUCCUGGGCCAAAUCUCUGCCAGGAAGUUCCUUCAGACAAUCAUGGGCAAACGGCUGGGAGGUGAAAGUGAGAGCUACGUAAAACGCCAGUCAGAUAUCUAUGAAGGGACCUAUAAAGAAGAUCUGACAUCCAUCCAGAGCAAUCAGAGAUACGAUGUCAUGAGGCCGAGACUGCUGAGUUGAGAUCUGUGGAUCGGACAGACUGAAAGCUGCCAACAGCAAUUCUCCCAACCAUUACUGCUUGUUUUCUUAUACUUCCUCCAGCCUGUUCUUUACAGAUGAAAAUUAUAUUGUUAUUUUUUUUAAUUGCCAUUAAAGCUGUGGAGAAAACCUACAGGCCCAGUUCAUUACUGUGGAAAAAAAUAACACUGAAGAACUUAAAAGGGAAACUUGGGGAUUUUUCAGCCUGGACUCUAUUUUUCCAUGUGUUUGAGUCCAAGUGAAUGCACCAUCACGUCACAUGCACCAGUGUACUAAAAGUGCUUGUGAUUGUUAUUAUAAGUGCCUCAUUAUGGAAAUAACCCUACAGAGAAAUGAAUUGUUUUGUUUAUUUACCUUUUACUUAGCCCUUUAUCCAUACACUCUGACACAAAUAAAUAUAGGCAGAAUUCAAAUGCUGCAUCCACAUUGGCAAAAUCAGCUAAACAUUCAGCCAGGUCAUUGAAAAAUCUUUAAGAUAACAAAAAGCAGAUCAAGUGAUAGGUUUAUUAUGUUUGGGGUUAUUGGGAUCUCUCCCUGGGGUCCACACUGAACACAAAAUACAUACAAUAAAAUAAAUUUAGUUGAAAUGAAAAGAAAAGAAAACAAUGGGCAUCUUUAAAAUCUCAAGGAAAACAAUAAAACACAAAACUUAUAGUAACAACUUAAGUAUAAUGUUGAAAAAUAGAACAGCCUAUCUAUUGAUAAUUAAGGCUUGACUAUCUUUUGCACAGUGAACAGCAACCCUA